AAUAAAAGAAACGAAAAUAAAUAAAAGAAAAAAGUAUUUUUCCUUUUCUUUUUAAUUUUGUGGGAUGGGCACCUUCUCGCACCCCGAUGUAACCGGCGAUCAUCCUGCUGCUUCUCUGCUCCGGCGAUUAUUUCCCUUUUCCUUAACGCCGUGCACGGUGGGCGAUUGACUUUUUUUCAGUUUAACGUUUGGUAAAUCAUCCUUUGUAUUUUUUGACAUUUUCUUCAGUCUUUUUCCUUGUUGAAUUCUAAAUCAAAUCAGUCAAAAGAUUUGAUUUUGCAGACUUGGGUACUUUUUAAUUCAGAAUUUGGAAUGUGGGUUCUAAUCAGAUUUCUUAAGUAGGUAAAAAAAAAAAAUUGGAUCAUAGCCAAAAAUUAGAUAGUUAAAUUUGGCAAGUUUUCUUUAAUUGGGAGGUUUGUUUAGCUCUUGAUGAAAAUGAGUGAUGAUAAAAAAUCUAGUAAUGGGAAGGAGCCAAGAUUGAGUCCUUGUAACCCUAACCCAGUUGAGCAAGCAAAGCAAGUGACAAUGGACCAUGUUUUAUUGGCUCUUGGAGAGACUAAAGAGGAGAGAGAGCAGAGGAUUAGAAGUCUUUUCAUUUAUUUUGAUAAUGUAAAUUCCGGGUUUAUUAAUUAUAACCAGAUUCAGAAAGGUCUUUCUUCGCUUCAAAUACCUUCGGAUUAUAAGUAUGCCAAGGAUUUGUUGAAUGUUUGCGACGCCAAUCAAGAUGGGCGGGUUGAUUACGCCGAGUUUAAGCGUUAUAUGGAUGAUAAGGAGCUUGAAUUGUACCGCAUUUUUCAAGCUAUUGAUGUUGAACAUAAUGGCUGCAUUUUGCCUGAGGAGCUAUAUGACGCACUUCUUAGGGCAGGGAUUGAAAUUGAUGAUGUGGAGCUUGCACGCUUCGUUGAGGAAGUUGAUAAGGAUAACAAUGGUGUAAUUACAUUUGAGGAAUGGAGAGACUUUCUUUUGCUAUACCCACAUGAGGCUACUAUGGAGAAUAUUUAUCAUUUUUAUGAAAGGGUAUGCCUGGUUGAUAUCGGAGAGCAGGCUGUUGUCCCUGCUGGCAUCAGUAGGCACAUCCAUGCAUACAGAUAUCUAAUUGCAGGAGGAGUUGCAGGAGCAACGUCUCGUACUGCAACUGCACCACUUGAUCGGUUAAAAGUCGUUUUGCAAGUUCAAACAACACGUGCUCGUGUAGUGCCAGCAGUAAAGGCUAUAUGGAAAGAAGGAGGUGCGUUAGGAUUCUUCAGAGGCAAUGGAUUAAAUGUCUUGAAAGUGGCACCAGAAAGUGCUAUCAGAUUUUAUACUUAUGAAAUGCUGAAAGAUGUCAUAGUUAAAGCUAAAGGAGGAGGAGGAGAUAAGGCUAAUAUUGGUACUGCGGGGCGUCUUUUUGCUGGAGGUGUCGCUGGUGCUAUUGCACAAACUACCAUUUACCCAAUGGAUCUUGUUAAAACUCGACUACAAACCUAUUCCUGUGAAAGUGGAAAAAUUCCUAAUGUUGGUGCUAUGUCAAGGGACAUAUGGGUUCGGGAAGGACCCCGGGCAUUUUACCGGGGCCUUAUUCCAUCACUUCUCGGAAUCGUUCCUUAUGCAGGCAUCGAUCUUGCUGCAUAUGAAACUUUUAAAGAUAUGUCCAAAAAGUACAUUCUUCUUGAUAGCGAACCCGGUCCACUUGUGCAAUUAGGAUGUGGGACUCUCUCCGGAACUCUCGGAGCAACUUGUGUAUACCCGUUGCAAGUUGUCAGAACAAGAAUGCAAGCUCAGCGACCGGACACGGGCACAGCCUACAAGGGAAUGUCUGAUGCGUUUAGGAGAACAUUUGCACAUGAAGGGAUUAGGGGAUUCUACAAAGGGAUAUUUCCUAAUAUGCUCAAAGUAGUUCCAUCUGCCAGCAUUACUUACAUGGUUUAUGAGGCCAUGAAAAAGAGUUUGGAUUUGGAGUAAUUAAACUACGGAACUGUAUCAAGUUCCUAUUGCAAUUGACAUGGCUAACUGUCUGUAUGAAGGCUGGUUCGGUGACGAUGAUGACGAGAAAUGGCAAGAGUAAGUUUACUGAUCGAGUAGAUUAUUUAGAUUGUUUCAAAUUGUAUUGCAUAAAGACUUGCAUCAAACAUCCCCCAAAAAAAAAAAAAAGACUUGCAUCAAACUAGUACAUUGAAGCUAUGUUAGCACGGAAACUUGACAUCUACGUUUCGGCUUUUCAUUUUUAUUUUCGUAAGCGUUUCUGAAACUUUAAAACUCUAUAUUUAUAAUGUUUUCUUAUAAAAAUUAUUGUUUUGCUGUUUUCCACUUCUGCGUUUCCGUGCUACAUAGUAUAGUAUUGAAGAGCAUCAUUCUUGGUGACUUGAGGCUUAUGCAUUCUUAUAAUUGUUGUAUGAUAGCAAAGCAAACAGGAUAAAUAAAUUCAGAAUCAGAUUUUGUAUUCAUUUAGGGGCAAAUUUAUGUAAGUAAUAAAUGUAGUGACAUGCAUAUCAUAUUUAUUUAAUUUUUUGUAUUUUGAUA